AUGAAAAUGAUGAGAAGAGAAGAUGAAGGAACGAGAGAAAACGAAUAUUUAGGAGGGGGAAGGAUUAAUAAGAUUGGCGGAAGUAUUCAAUGUUCUAUUGAAGAAUGGUUUGGAGUGUUUUUUUUCGCUCAAACUAAUGCUUCUGGAACGAUCGGAAUUGUUAGUGAAAAAUCAUCCAUUGAAGAUUAUUCUUCUCAGCUAUUAAGAUUUAUCAAGCAAAAAAUCAAAACUAAUGGACCUAUAAGUAUUGCUGAUUACAUGCGUUUAACAUCUUCAUCUCCGAUUGGUGGUUAUUAUUCUUGUCAUGGCAGUGACAUCUUCGGUGAAAAAGGCGAUUUUAUUACUGCUCCUGAGCUAACACAAAUGUUUGGUGAACUUGUUGGUGUGUGGUGCUAUUAUGAACUCAAGAAUACAGGAUACAAUAUGGAAUGGCAAUUAGUGGAAAAUGGCCCUGGUACUGGACAGUUAAUGCUUGACAUCACAAGGGUCUUAAAACAGUUCAACGAGACAAAAGUAUCACUUCACCUUGUGGAAACAUCCGACUCAUUAUUAGUUCGGCAGGAGUCUAUUCUUUGUGAAAACCUGUCACAAUUUAUUGAAGAAAAACCGUAUGUUCGUUGUAAUGUAACAAAAAAUGGUUUCCCGAUAUACUGGUAUCGCAGCAUUGGCGAGAUUCCUUCCAAAUUUUCUGUAUUCAUAAGUAACGAGUUUCUGGAUGCUUUACCUAUAAAUCAGUUCAAAAGAGAUCUCAAAGGCAAAUGGCACGAAGUAUAUGUGAAUUUGGACGCAGAUGAUAAGCUCUGUUUCAUGUUAUCAAAAUCGGAAAAUUUACUCACAUUGAGUUUAUUGCCAGAAAAAGUUCGUCAUGAUCCGUCUAUCGACGAAUGGGAAAUUAGUGUUGCUGCUGAUUCUUAUAUUAAACAGGUAGCUGAUGCUAUAACAAAUUUUGGUGGCUUUGCCUUAAUAAUAGAUUAUGGGCACGACGGCUCAAGAAAGGAUUUUUCUUUGCGGGCUUAUAAAGACCAUUCAGUCGUACAUCCUUUGGAAAAUCCUGGACAGCAUGAUAUAACUGCUGAUGUGAAUUUUGGGCAUCUUAAAGAUCUUGUGAAGGACCGGACAUUGAUUUAUGGGCCAGUUGAACAACGGGCAUUCUUUGCUCAAAUGGGAAUCGGAUUGAGAUUAGAAAAACUUAUGAACUCCUGUAAGACAAAAGAAGAGCGGCAAGCUUUAUUGAACUCAUGUGAGAUGCUUUUGAGUGAUAAAGGUAUGGGUACGCGAUUCAAAGUAAUGAGUUUGUUUCCGAAAACAUUGAAAGAUAUUCUCAUUCAACGCAAAGGACCAGCUGGUUUUGCUAAUGCACCAACUUUUUGA